AUGGACCAGGACGACGACGCCAUCUGUUUGUCAGAUGACGAUGGUGAUGAGUGUAUAGUGAUAGAGGAAUCGACGGUGAUGAAGAAGGAAGAUGAGAAAAUAUGCACUUCCAGCUACUCACUGAUGGAAUCAAUCAAUAAUCGACCGCGAAGUCAACCGAUUCGCUCGAAAACUUGGCUGGACGAUGAAAUGAGCGAAUUGGAUAGAUUGAUUCAAAGAAAGAAUACGUUCUCGACCGCUGGUGAUAAUUUUGGAGAAAUCGAUUUUGGCGAUUUUCGAGCGACGUCGUCGUCAGCGGCGACGUCUUCUGAAUUCGCCGCCACGUCAUCAUCGAAUUCGAUUAGACCAGAGAAACGGAAAUUGGCAGAGGAUGAGAAGGAGACGCAGAAGGAACUCAAAGAGAGUGCGAAACGCAUGAGAGACGCAGAGAAGGAGCGGAAAACGGCUGAAAAAGAUCACAGAAAAGGAGAAAUUCAGAAGAAAAAGGAGGAAAAGGAGAGAGAAAAAGAGCAACGAAGAAUCGAACGAGAAAUUUCGGCGGCGCUGAACUCAAAGUGUGAGCAAUACACGUAUUGCCACGUUGGCAAGACGCUGAAACUGGUCUACGCGGAUCGAAAAAUCGCCGAUCAGCUGAAAAUCGAUACGGAUUUGGGGACGAGAAUCGAAUGGCGACGAAAAUGUGUCGAAUUGAAAGAGGACGAGGAUGGGAAGAAUGAGAGAUUUGAGUAUAUGCAACGCGCCGGAUUUCAAAACGGACGAUGCACGAUGCUCAUCGUCUCAUUCGGAAAAUUGGAAUUUCAAAAAAAGCGAAUUCACCGAAUUUCGUUGGAGAUCUACGCGGCGCAUCGAGCGCAAUUCGUUCAAAUCGACUCGAUUCCCGAGUUGGCACUAUUUUCAGCACAAUAUUUGAGAAGUUUAGCGAGAAGAGAGAAGAAGAGGAUGGAGCAGAAGACGGAGGAUUCUGGAGCGUCUGGAGGCUCUGGAGCACAUAAAUUACAAUAUUUGGGAGAGAAGGGUAUCGUAAUGGGGUCUCGCCGCGAAAUCGUGUCGGACUGGUGGUCGAAAAUGCUCUCAACAAUUGAUCGUCUAUCGGAUUCGCAACGGCGAGCAAUUAUCGAUUUGAUUCCGGAUCCGAUUGAGGGAAUUGAUAAAUACUCUAAAAUGGACUAUUCGGAAGCGAUUCAAGAGAUUGGAGACGUCGUGGCGGAGAAUGGCCGCCGGGUUGGACCGAUUAUGGCUCAUCGAAUACUCACUAUGCUAACUGAUGAAACUGGAAAUUCCAUUGUUGAAUGA